UCAACACAAGCUCUGACGCCUCGACUCAAAUGUCAUCUCCAUCCACCAUAAGACAAGUCAACUACAACUGAAGCCCAUUGAGCAUGCCCUCGACAUGCAGACCUCUCUGACAGCAUCUAAGGAACAUGUACAUGCAUCUGCACAGACCUCACGCGACAUUCACGGGAGGGUUGCUAGAAGGAUGCAAAACUUUGCCAUAGAGUAUUUAUACUAACCAGAGAUUUUGGGGAAACCAUUCUCUGGACACAUGAAUCCAAAGAAGAUGAUUUGGUCAAAAUCGAAUGUUCGAGCAGACAGUGAAGCAUGAUGGUGGAAAUGUGACGGAGAUUCAAGAGGUGUCAUCAUCCUUAUACAGGCUAAACACCCACGUUUAUUAGAUCCAUGUCACAUGUGACCUGUCAUGAUCUUAUUUACCCAGCACAAAUGAUUUUAAAACAAUCUACAAUAUUGAUAAUAAAAUGUAGAACUGAAUAUGUCAAGUUUACAGAUUACAGCAGUGAAGAUUACAACCUUGUAGUGAGUGGCCAUUGAUAUUUGAUGUAAUCGCUGUUUGGAUUCCAUGUGACGUCAAUAAAAAAGAUUUUAAGGUAAAAUCCUUUAACGCACAGCUAGCUGUGGAUUAUUCCGCGUUUACCAUGGUCAUUUACAAGUUAAAGCUUGUAUUGAUGUUUACAGUGUCAUUUUAGAUCAAACAGGUGAAAAUGACGGUUAUUUUGACAGUUCAUUUAAAAUGUAAUCAAACUGACUGGAGCUGCACGUGCGUUAAAGGUGUUCAACGCACACCCUCCAGCCAAUCAGAAUCCAGUAUUCAAACAGACCAUUGUAUAAAAAACAUGUAUUGUGUGAUCAUGUUAAACACUGUAGCAUAAUUCAUCCUCUGAAUUUGUCAUUCUGUGUUGCUUUGGAGUUGCGUGUCGCAGGACGGCGAGAUUGUGAGCGACAUUUCAGGGAUAUUGGCAUCUGGAUCAUGACAGAUCCGUUUCCCAUCGUCAGUUUGUACUCUGCAGUCCAGACAACCGGUCUUCUCGUGUAAAGGUCUGGUGACACAUGGGAGGGGGAUGUGAGGUGGCCGCACGGGGCGAUAGGUAGCCCUGCGGAGCUCAAUUAGCAUUUCACAAGACCCUUUUCCCUUUUCUUUGGCGACCUUCCCCGCGGUGCUCGUGCUUUUGCUGGGAUGGUCCUGUUUCUGGCCCUUGUUGCCGUUGGCAGGGUGACAGUAUUCGAGUGUGCAAACUUGUGCUAUUGUCCCCGAGCCAGAAGGAGCCAUGGAGACCCCACUAAUAUGACACAGGAAAAUGUUUGCUGAUGGCGAUUCUAUGGGCUUUGUUUAACUCUUUCUCUUUCAUGACGACUCGAUUUAAGUCUCCAAAUGUUUGACUACAAAUGCAAGAGUGCUAUCCAGCUCCUCCGCCUUUGUCCCGCCAGGUUUGAAUGAGUAAUUCAGCUUUUGUGUCGCUCGAUUGAGGGGGCAAACAGAAAGACAAGAUUCUUGAGCGCUCAAGCCCCCUUUCCAUGGUUAUGCGCACAUCUCCUCAGCGCCCCCUCCCCCGUCCCAUCCGCUCCUUCUCACAUCACUUCUAAGGUAGAGAACUUAAGAUCGCACGCGGUCGCUAAAAGUGAAUGUUUACGAGGCAUGCAGCGAGGCAUAUCUGACUGUCCAAAAACAGAUUUGGUCUAACAGGAAUCCGUAUAGGACGCUUUUACUAAGAAAUAUUGCCUCUAUUUUCCCUAGAGGAUUUCCAUGACAACAAUUUGGGAUGGCAAAGAAUUCAGCACCGGGGAUCUCGUCGGCUCACUGGGGUGCAUUGUGAGCAAAGUGAGGUCGCUGAUUGGUUCAAGGAGAGCACCAUAACUGCAGCGAGUCUCAAUACAUUCAGCUUCUUUGAGGACUUCAGAUGAGCUGGACAUCACUUCAACAGCUUCUGUUAUGGACUGGAGACGCUACGACAGAUAGCGCUGUUGACUACUGGAGCGUUUCUAUGGAUGAGAGACUCCAUCUAUGGAUGAGGUUUUUAAUGCAGGUCAGUGUGUGUAUAGUCAUUGAACGGAUGAGAUGGCGAACUCUGACAGCGAGGUGAAAACUCUUCUGAACUUCGUCAAUUUGGCUUCGAGUGACAUCAAGGCCGCACUUGACAGAUCGGCGCCCUGCAGACGCUCCGUCGACCACCGCAAAUACCUUCAGAAACAACUCAAGCGAUUCUCACAGAAAUACACGAAGAUCCCGCGCUGUCAGUCACACAGAACGAGCGAGCCGCACAAAACACCUGAGGAUAAAGCGCCCGGAAAUCUGCGUCGCUUGACUGACGCGCCCAGGCAUGAUGGGAAUUAUGACGAGGAUUUGUCUCCGAGCUGCGAGCACGAAGCGCGCGCGGGUCAAGUGCCCAUGCGCAACAGGCAGCUUCCGGCGUCCUUCUGGAAGGAACCGCAGCCCUCCUCGGGCAGGCGAGAACGCUUCGUCAAACAUCCGCUAACUAACGGAGAGAGAAGAAAGAUGAUUUACGACGACGUGACACCAAACCCGCUGCUGCCCGUCGACGCCGAGCCGCUGAGGAGUGUGGUGUGCGCGUGCUGCUGCGCGCUUCAGUACCGCGGGCAUCACACGCUUCACGGGCGCGUUCUCGCGCCUCACACUGACGCGGCGGCGUUCAGGAACAAAACUUACGGGACAAAUUUCGAAAUAUCGCACAACAUUAUCGAUGGAUUACACGGCAGCAGCACGCAUGUGGUUGUCAAGCCGAUUCCCACGAAACCCGCGGUCUCGGCAUCCAUUUUCAGCGUGUUUGGAUUCGUUUAAUUCUCCUGUCAGAGAGGAUCCACUAAUGUAACGUUACACACAUAGCGCUCAAGUUAACACACAUAUAGAUGAUCUCGUGCACACGAACGGGACGUUUUGAAGCACUUAAAAUACAACUGUAGUCGUAGCCAUGGUUUGAGCUUCUACGAUUGUUUACGUAGUUUGUUUUUGUAGGAAUUAGCAAAGCAUUGCCAAUAAUGUGGCAUCAGACCGGUGCAUUUCUCAUAACAAUGUAUAAACGUCAAUGCUGUAUGUUAUUCCACUGGGAUGUAGAGAUUUAUUUAUGGUUUUUGUAGAUGUUUUUCUAUGACACCAAUAAUCCAGUUCAUUAAAAUGAUCGAAUAAUUGA